ACAAGUAGGGUCAGUCAGUGGUGCGCGGGCCUUCGCGGCGCGAGGACGUGGACGUUGUUCCUCAUUUCCGCUUCAUGGUCGCGCAUGCUUUGCCGUUUAUCUCGUGUCAGUGAGUGAAAUCACAGAAAAACUGUUCGAACAAUUUUUCUACCCGAUUGUACUGUUUCGUGAAGCGUGUAAUCAGACUGGUUUUCAUCCUGUUCACUGUGUACUCGACUGCUGCCGAGAGGUGGUGAUCCAUUUCGACAGAUCGAUGCUUCUUCGUUCGCGGUGACGAUUGAUGCCACCAUUCGUCAUCAUUUCCGAACCACCCACGGUGUUCCCCGGAGGAGUGGAAGCUGACGCGACAGAGCGGGCCAGGUAGUGAAACGGAAGCGAGGAGAACAGGAAGAGCCCGCGCAACGGUGGCGGUCGUGCCAAGAAGAUGCGGCUGUUCGCGUGGCCUGGCAGCGUGACUCGCGAGAGAAUCGUAAACGAUGAAUUGGCAGGCAGCGAUGUUGGCUCGCGCGUACCGGAGAAAAGUGACAACAGCAACGGCAGCAGCAGCUCCAGCAGCAGCUACGCUACCGAGGGUAUCGUCGGGGUUGGCGAUAAAGUGGGCGAAGUCUACGGGAACACCAUCAUCGGCUGGGCAUGUACGUCAUCUACCCGGCGGACGAGCUCUUGCGUAUCUAUGAGAGUGCCGUCCGUGAUCCCAGCUCAGUAUUGACCGACGAUCGCAGACCAAGCUGUCAGAUCACCGUAAUCACUGUCAGCGACAGAAAGGACCAAAGCGUCGCAGUCGACGAGAAUCGCAAGAAACGAAAGGAGCGAAGGCGAAGCGUGCGCGGUCAGACGCGCAAAACGAGAAACCAACGUAACGAGAGUCGCGUUUAUCAAGUAACGAAGCCUAACAGGCCCAGCCACGACAGCAGAACUAUGCUGAACAGUCGCGGUGCCGCCGGCGAGGAUGCCAAUCCUCUCAAGGACCUCACGCAACCGGGGCUCAACGAGCACCUCAAGCAGCACAAUGCAGGGGCACUCGAGCUUGUGCAAACUGUGUCAGAAUUUGCCCAGGAAUUGGGUGCGGCGAUGGAGAGUCAUUCCGCGAAUGUUCGACGACUCGUCGACGAGUUUCGCGGCAGAGUCGGGGACACCAGAGUCGACUCUGGUGGCAUGCGACGCGUUUGGGAGAGUUUGCUGCGACAGGUCGAGGCAGACGCGGUAGCUCACCUAGACCUGGCCGGGGUUCUCCAGCAACAACUCUCUAGGCCCACUUUGGAAGCCAGCUUCCACCGGAAGCUUCAGUCCAGAAAGGUGUUCAGUCAUCGCGAGGCUUACGAGCAAGUAGUCGCGAAAUCCGAGGAGAAGUUGCAGCUGUCCCGAGCAGAUUACAAACGCGCGUACGCCGCGUUGCUGACGAUCGACAGCGCAGGCGAGCAGGAGCUGAAACGCGCGUACUUCGAGGCGCACAACGCGUACGUUCUUCAGUUGAGGGCGACUAAUGCAAUCACGGAACAGUACCAGUCGCAAUGUCUGCCGGGUCUGCUCGGAGAAAUAGCGGAGGUCUAUGAGGAGCUGUUCGGUUUGGCAUGCAAGUGCAUUGCUGGGAUAACAGAGGCCGCCGCGGAGCGGUCUGCGGAGCAAGCGAAGCGUUAUCAGGCUGUCUCUAAAGAGGCUCAAGUUAUCACGCCGUUGACCGACCUGCAAGUUCUGGCACGGAGUUUAUCAGUAACUGCAACUCCAUCGAAGAAGCCAUUCAGACGCCUGUUCGUCGCACCAGGCCCUCCGGAACAGAUACCCAUGGAAAGAAUCAAUCAAAUACCCUCCUUGAGAGACGAAUUGGCCCCGACAUCGACCAGCACCCUUCCUCUGAUGGAGGAUCUUCGACGGGAACACGACGGUCUCAGCCAGGAAAUAUCUCGUCUCCACGAUGCUUUGAAUGCUCUGAUACGCAUGCAACGCAAGAGCGCCGAAAGCAAUCUCUACACGAAAGUGGCCGAGCUGGAGGAAGAUAUCUCUAUGAAACGUUUCAAACUUGGAGAGGCACAACUCUACCUAGCAGCUAUACAAGCACAGAAAGAACUUUUUGGUGGUGGAGAAACCGGUCAACCGGAUGGGGUGAGCAGCCGGAAGAUGUCGAACGGUUCGACCGGAAGUACCAAGCACAAAUGGUUGAAAGCGUUCAAGAGUUUAAAGACAAGUUCACCGACGACACCACCUACGACCGACAAAGGAAAGCAGGCUAUGUACCAUGCUGUUUCAACGGUCGUCGCCAUGUCCAGAAAAAGUCUCGAAUCCGAAGGUGGUCACACUUGGCGCGAGUACACCUACCGAAAAAUCACCCCCUGCGAUGCCUGCGGCCAGGUGCUACGCGGUCACAGUCGCCAAGGCGUCAGGUGUCGCGGCUGCAAGGCGAACGCACACACCGACUGCAUCCACCUGGUGCAGCCAGCAAUGUGCCCCAGCUUGGCGCCGAAGAAAAGCGGCGGCAUUCCUCUUCUUCGUCGACAAAAGACCCAAACCGUCGACGAUGCACCAGCCGCAGAGCACAACGUGGACGCCACAUACCAGGUGCUGAGGCAGGCAAGGGAGAUCCGUGGAAACUCGACAAACUCACCACCUACGCCUCCCACAGCAGAUCAUCCUCCCUCCGGUGCAGCACCUUCGUCAGCGAGGGCCUCCUCCCACCCCUGUUCCUCGUCCACCUCUGCGCCGCAUAGCCCGCAACGUAGACGGGAAAGGCUUAACUUGAGGAUGAAGAGCCUUAGUCUGGACUCUCCGGAAGGCACGGCUCAUGGCCGACACCGUCCUCGAGACUAUUGUCCCGGUGGCCAAAGAGAAUCCACACCACCCAGACACUCCGACAGUGGGAGCAUUAACAGACUGUCGCCAUGCAGCCCAGGCCAGGGUCACGGUGUUCACAAGCACAUAAGAGGGGCCAUCAGAAUGUCCAGUAUGGAGCUACCAGACGAGAAUGAGAAGUCUUAUUCCUCGGCCAGCACUUCUCCUUGCCCAUCGCCGCAUACGAACAAUCAAAAUCACAUGAAUCCACCGGGAAAACGUGUCCUACCACCCAACAAUCUCUACGUUGCUCUGUACAAUUUCAACGCGCGUCAUCGGGACGAGCUAGACUUGAAGGCGGGUUAUAAAGUGACAGUGAUCGACAAAUCGGAGAAGGAUUGGUGGAAAGGCAAGUGUCUAGGCGGACGAGUGGGUUACUUCCCUAGCGCGUACGUUAUGCGAGUGGAGUCUGGACAGAAGACUCUUCAAGUCACUCGUAAUCUUCAGCUGCCCGAUCAGAUUGCCCUACUACGUGAUCAGAUCGUGAUUCAGGUUGGCGAAGAAGUAGGCGGUGUCGCGAUGGUACGGUGCGCCGCCGACGUCAGAUCGACAGACCACACCGGCAAAGAGGGAGAGGUUCUGUACAAGGAGAUCCUCUGCCCGCUAAAGUAUCUCCAGGAGGUGUGACAACAGUCUCGCCACAAAGGCCACACGGGGGACCGGCACAAUCGCGCGUAUCUCCGAGAGCGAUUCUCCGCUUCAGCCCGUCGAAACGUGGCCGAGAAGUAUUACGACUGCCUGCAGUGCGCGGAGCAAUGUCGUCA